AAUAUCACCAGUGUGUGUACACACGCUAAGCGUUAUUACGACUCUUGAUCAACACCUGCCUCUCAGUAGUGAGCCAGUGUUCGCAGUGUUUGGACGUCGGGAUGGCUCUUCAUUCCUAUAUUUUCGUGUUUGUAUCCUUACUGCUUCUUAAUGAAGCUAGAGGCGGCGGCGUGGCUCCGUCUAUAAGGUUGAACGACGGGAGGGAAAUACCCAGCCUGGGGCUCGGCACUUGGCUUGGCUUGAAGAGAGAUGGAUCCCGCGUGGAGGUUCAAGACGAUUCCGUAGAAAAAGCGGUGGAGUACGCGAUCGACGCCGGCUACCGGCACAUAGACACUGCGAGCAUAUACAACACCGAAGAUCAGGUUGGCCGAGCCAUUAACAACAAGAUAAAGGAAGGGGUUAUCAAGAGGGAAGACAUAUUUGUCACGACAAAGCUGUGGAACACACGCCACGCGAAGGAAGACGUGGUGCCCGCGCUCAGGGAAUCAUUGAAACGGCUCAACUUGGAUUAUAUUGAUCUGUACUUGAUACACUGGCCUGUCGGACUGUUGGCGAACGGUUCAUUCGACACCACGGACAACGCGCAGACGUGGCAGGGCCUGGUGGAGGCGCGCGACCAGGGGCUCGCGCGGUCCAUCGGCGUGUCCAACUUCAACGAGCAGCAGCUCGACAGCCUGGCCGCGCGCACGCACGUCACGCCGGCCGUGCUCCAGGUCGAGAUCAACCUGAACCUACAGCAGCCAUCGCUGCUUGAGUACUGCCGUCGCCAGAACAUCACGGUGACCGGCUACACGCCGUUCGGAUCUCUGUUCCCGAGCAAGGCCCAGGACGACGCUCCCCCGCCGCGCGUCGACGACCCUGCUCUCGUUAACAUCGCCAACAAAUACAACAAGACCGUCCCCCAGAUCGCCCUCAGAUAUCUGGUGGAGUUAGGAGUCGUGCCGAUACCAAAAUCGACGACCAGGUCCCGCAUAGAACAGAACGUGGCGGUGUUCGACUUCUCCCUGACUCAGCAGGAGCGAGACCUGUUGAAGAGUUACGACCGUGGCUACAGGACCAUCCCGGUGCUGCACUGGAUCGACCAUCCGUACUACCCGUUUGAGAAGAGACAACACUGAGCAGACAGUUAACAGUGUUUCAAUGUUUAGAACUCAAUGAUUUAACCAAGUUUUAAUGAAAUUAUAACAUAACAAAAUC